AUGGUAGACAGUUUACUCAAUGCACCAACUGACCUCUCCCGCGUGCUGCAAGGCUUAGACAUUCCUAGUCCCGAGCAACCGCAAGGAUCUGUCGGCAAUUCCCCUCGCGAUGCUCACUAUAAGUCCUACAUGGCCUCCGCAUUCAUCUAUGCGUGCGUGGACAAUGACUCCACUAAUUGGAGUCAUUACUACUUGUCCCCAUCGGCGGAGCAAAGCACGAUUGUCUCCGAUAGUUCCGACGCUCCUCGCAUAUCUAUCUGCGAAAGUGACGACUGUGAUCAGCUCCUGAAGGACACCAUCUGCGACGCGCUCCCUGGAUUAACCAACCUUUACGCUCGUCCCUCGGAGCAGCUCUGUAGCAACGCGGAUACAUGGCGUUGCCCUGUCGAGCGGUGUUGCAAGGCUGUGCGCCCUUUCAAUCUCACUCAGGAGCAGUGCGAUGUUGUCACGACCUUGGCAGGAGCCUUUGAUACCAUGCUCGUCCGCGGGAGCAACGGUAGAGUCCGUCUUCGCCGUGAGGACCCUUGGGCGUUUCUGCGUUAUAUCGACGCGGUGGCCUGGGAACAUAUUUCUUGGCACCUUCAUCGUGUGCACAUCACCUUCUACUAUCCUCACCCACAAGCUCCGUACAAGGAACUCCCGGGAUGGUGGUGGAACGAGACAUUGCUGACUCGUGACGAGCCACUUUUCCGACUGGUCCAAGAUUUCGAAGCCACGAGCCGACAGAACAGACGACAGUGGCUUGUCACAAAGGCGAUCGAAUCUUCUCAUCGCAAGAUCCAACGUGCUCAGGCUCGUCUGACACGCUGGCGCUAUGAUGCCUUGGAAGCGCGCAGGGAGCUCGUCGCCACCAUGUUCAACCUUAAUCGCAGCGUGGUUGACGUCGGCCGUUCGUUACUGACACUAGUAAGACAGCAAGAAGCUGACACUCGUGGGCAAACCUACACUGCUGAGAUAGCCCAUUAUCGUGAGGCGGAGAGGGAAUGGGCUGAGGAGCAACACAUGUGGGGUUGA